AUGUUUCACUCCGAUAUGGUGAACACCAACACUGACUGUGCUGUUUUUGUGUUCAGCAAGCCAAUGGUCCCAUCGCUACUAGCGCCCGAAGGACGUUCAGCAGGUGCCCAAGCAAGAUGGGUGCAGCCGAUGGGCGUGCUUGCGACAGCGAUCGCCGCUGCUGCAGGCACACUCAUCGCCUGUCCAGGCGCAUCCUCACGCGUCCAUACUUAG